AUGGCUUUCCAAGGGGAGCGUUUUGUUCUAGAUCUCGAUGACGAUGAAGGCGGUCCACAAGAGAAUCCGGCCCCUUCCCCAUUUUCUCUGAUUGGAGAGAUUCGGGAGCGAGCACCUGCCCCAGCUAAACCGCCAGCACCCACCCCGACCGCGUCUUCGACCGGCUUCCCCGCCCACCGACGACGCAACAAGCCUUCCUCGUUCAAGCAAAGGCGAGCAGAGCAGCCGGCAGAGACUUCGCCUCCGCCUCCACCUCAACCUCCAACAGAUCCAACAGAGAAACCCACUGCCCAAGAUGACAAGAACACGAUCUCGGAGCAAAACCGCCAACAACUGUCGUCCAUGUCGGAUGCACAGAUUGAGCGGGAACGAGAAGAGUUGAUGUCCUCCAUGGACCCAGGCCUAUUGGAACGAUUCCUCCGCCGAGCGAAAAUUGACGAUGCCGGAGAAUUCAAUCACGAAGAACCAAAGCCCUCUUCGACCUCCAAAUCAACAUCAACAUCGACGGCAGAGCCGGCCUCAACCAAUCCAGCACCACCAUCAAAACCAAAGAAAUCCGUCUCGUUUGCUACCCCAGCUCCUGAUAAGAAACCCGCUCCCAAAAAGCUCUCAGCACGAGCUCCAAACCCCAUCAUAUCCGAAAAGCCAUCUAUAAACGAUGACCUCCCCCCGUCCGAAAUCCCAAAAGACCUCCACCCAGCAUCCGAAGCCCCAUCCCUAGACCCAGCCAUGCUCGAAGCCUUCCACUUCCCCCAACCAAAGCAACCAAUGCCAACCCUCGAUCCAAACGACCCAAACUUCCUCUCAGACAUGCAAUCACACUAUUUCCCCGAAAUGUCCCAUGAUCCCACCGGGUUAUCAUGGAUGAAACCCGCUCCCGCCGAGGAGGAAGACCCCGAGGCAGCAUCCCCAUACCACCCAGCCAGUAACGCUGAUGGCAUCACGCCAUCUGAAAUUCGAUUCUCGCUACGUGGUGAACUCAUCGCUCCUAAUACUUCACUUUCGCUCCCCACGACUCUCGGUCUUCACCACCAUGGAGACGAUCCGCAUGCAGCGGGGUAUACCAUUCCUGAGCUUGCCAUUCUUUCUCGCUCUACGUUCCCUGCGCAGCGUUGUGUUGCGUGGCAGGUUAUCGGUCGGAUUUUGUUCCGUCUUGGUCGGGCUGAGUUCGGUGAUCGGGGUGGUCAGCUAUCGGAUGGAUUAUGGUUUGUCAUUGAGAAGGAGGGUGUUGUCGGUCGAAUGUUGGCUGAAGCCGAGGGGGCAGCUGGCCAGUUUCCAGUGAAAGGUCCUCAGAGUGGUGAAAAUAAGAAAGAAGGAGCGAAAGAUGAUUUGCCUGCUGCAUCGGGCAUUGGACGACAUGCUAGUGCUGCAGCGUGGGCUGUAGAAGGAGUUUGGCUAUGGCAGCGAGGUGGAGGUGGCGAUCGUGGAUUAUUAAAGGAGGGUCAGGUUCGCUCAAAUUAG